GUCUGCCAAAGGCAAGGAGCACCACCACCUCUCCUCUGUCGUUCUGCUGUCAUUUUCCCUCACAUAUCUGUCGUACUCCGGAGCGCUCGAUUUUCCAGCGAGUUAGGCACGUGAUUUCGUGCGAGAGCGAAAAAUAUCGUCGGAGUGUCAAGCACACGCGGCGGACACUACUCCUGUAGGGCAGUCGAGUCUCGCUAAUAAGGCCUGCUUGGGAGGGCCGGUCUUCGUUAGGCAUACACAGGAUGCCCAAAGAGGCGCAGCCAAAGCGGAAUGUGUACGUGGGGGGGCUGGAGGAGCAAGUGAACGAGGAGAUCCUACACGCCGCCUUCGUACCGUUCGGGGAUAUCGUUGAGGUCAAUCUUCCAAAGGACCACGUGGCGAAUACCCACCGAGGCUUCGGAUUCGUCGAGUUCGAGGUGGAGGAGGACGCAAAAGCGGCAAUAGACAACAUGGACGGGGCCGAGUUAUACGGAAAGGUGCUGCGAGUGAAUGCCGCGAAGCCCAUGAAGCACAAGCUCGGGGCCCACACGGCAGUAUGGUCGGCUGACGACUGGUACAAGAAUACACUGGUGGAGGGGGACGACACUGCGAAGCUGGCGGGGGACGAGUUAGAACCGGCAGACGCAUUAGAGCCUACCGUAUCAAACUAGACACUCGACUAUAAUACCAUAAAACGAGGUAGAUGUAUGAGUCCCCACAAACGAAGUAUGUCCGUAGCCGGGGCGAAAUAGUUGGUUAGGGUGUGGGGUCGUCGUUUAAAUUGCGUCUAUGGUGAGCGAAGCGGGCUCGUUUCCCCGGGGCACGGGGCGCAAAGCCAACGCUUGGUAGUUCCCACCCGGAACUUUUUGCGUCCGGAAAAAGACCGGGUCGCGAAGCGACUGGAGCCCAGCGUGCUCGCUCACUUCUUUCAGCCUUGGACGUGUACCCCGAUUUGUCCACGGGCAUGGUGACCCCGCUGGUACCUUCGACUGCCGACGCGGCGGGCCAGAUUCGCUUCGCGAUCCAGGUAGUUUAAUGGGUUUGUGCAGUAUAUUCGUUCUGGAUGCAUUCCGAGGAAGGGGACCUGGUGUUGAGCCUGCGCCUGCCCCGGACGUUCGACCAAGAAGAUCGGAAGGUGUUUAGGGUUUUGGCCGAAUGUAGUACUCAAGAGGCAGCCCCCAAAUCACAAUCAGGAUCACGCAGACCCGUCGUUUCAGAAUCUAGUGAUCGACUUUGUGGGCGUCUAUCGCCUUUGACGAGGAGAAAUGUUGUUUGUCCCUUUCGAUGGCAAGCAGAUUGCUGUUGUUUUCUCAAUGUUGUAGUGAAGGAAUUGCCCUGUGCUGUGCUUUUGAAGACAAGCGUGGGGUUGUACCAGUCGACAAGUGCUUUUGAAGACAAGCGUGGGGUUGUACCAGUCGACAAGGGAAGUUGCCAGCCUUUGGCUUCUAACCAAUGAAUGCUUCACUUGCGAGGAAGGAACAAGAGGUGAAAGCUUUUUUUUUUGGUAAGUGGAGAGAGCUCCAGUCGUGCUGUCUUCGUGAGCAAACGGGUGGCACGAGGAAGGCGUUUCGGGUGUAUGCCCCAACCAGCCCCAUUGGAAGUCUGGCUUAUUUGCCCAGGAAAUAUGACUGGCUUACUUGAAAGAAAGUCAUCCGAUGUCCAACACGACGUCUCGCUUGCCGGUGCCCUCAAUAAAGUAGACACAGCUCAAUUUUGGGCGAUGGUCUCAAGUAGAAACCGCUCAAAUUUGAGCUUUGGUGCUGGGGGUGACAGAUGGGUUCUUCGUCAUUUCUCUCAGGUGCUGGCCUUUCCUCGGAUGUUGCCUUUGAAGUGAGGCUGCCUUGGUCCCUUCCGUUGAAUACAAGGUUAAUGGAGGUUUUCUGUUGGGCCGGGG